AUGGUUUUCGGACUCUUCUCGAAGAAGUGGAAUCCCGAUGGUAAGCAUGUCUACAUCCCGGGAGGAAGCCAAGGUCUCGGUCUCGCAUUGGCAACACUCUUGGUUCAAAGAGGCGCACACGUCUCCAUCGUAGCACGGAACCAAGACCGUCUAAACAUAGCUCUGGCUGAAAUGGAGAAAUGCCGACAAACGCCCUCCCAAAUCCUCCAAGCCAGAUCCCACUCCCUGAGCACAGCUCAAGGUGCCAAAGCAGCUCUAGAAGCAAUCUGCGCAGCUCAUAACGGCGAAGCGCCCGAUGCCGUCCUGACCUGCGCGGGCUCCUCCAAACCGAUGUUCUUCCUCGAGAUGACAGAGGGGGAUUUGGCGAAUGGGAUGACGAAUGGGUACUGGGUGCAGGCGUGGACUGCUUGGGCAGCGGCGAAGAAGAUGGCGCAGCAGAAGAAGAGGGGAGCGAAGAUUGUGCUUGUGAGCUCUAUGCUGGGGUAUAUGUCGUUUGUGGGAUGGGCGUCAUACGCUCCUGCGAAGCACGCUCUGCGAGCCCUCGGCGACACACUCCAAUCAGAACUCAUGCUCUACGGUAUCGACGUCCAGGUGUUCUUCCCGCCUACCAUGUACAGCCCCGGCUACGACGAGGAGAACAAGACGAAACCCCAACUCGUGAAAGACAUCGAAGGGACCGACGAGGGACUCACAUGCGAGCAGGCUGCGCUGGCGAUGUUUAAGGGCAUGGAACGGGGAGACGCGCAUAUCUCGGGCGACAUUUUGACGUCGCUGUUUGCGGCGUCGACGAGGGGUGCCACGUAUAGGACGAAUUUCCUCCUGGAAGGGUUGUUUGAUUUUGUUGCUUAUAUUGCGACUCCGGUUUGGAGGUCGAGUGUGGACAAGCAGGUGUUGGCUCAUCGUGAAGAGCAUGAGCGGUACCUGCAGCAAAAGGGGUUCUUUGCGCAGGGCGCAGAGUGAUAGACCGUAUACCCAUUGUUAUGCUAAUACUACGCCUAAUUCUAAUGCUCAUUUAUUGUCAGCAUACAGUUCAAUCUACCUUGUUUG